UCACCCUCAUGUCUGAUGCAUGUUUUUGAUGCAAUCCGAGAGCUUUCUGACCCUGCAUAGACAGUGACGCAACUGACAAGUUCAAGGCCCAGAAACGUAGUGAGGACAUCAUCAAAAUAGCCCAUGUGACAUCAGUGGUUCAACCGUGAUGUUAUGAAGCUACAAAAACACUUUUUGAGUACUAUUAUAUUAAAAUAUAAUAAACUGGGUUUAGAAAAGCAUUUAUGAAUCCUAUAGACUCAUAAUGUGAGUAUUUGCAUGCAUCUAAUUGAAAGUGCAGCGCUUGUAUUAGUGUGUGCAUGCAAGUUUAUUAUUUAUUCAACAUUUUAUGUGAUUCAACAGUGUGUAUAAUGACAUAAAGGUCAGGAGCGAUGAGAUUAGGUCGCUGUGUUGGUUAUAACAUCCACAGAGGUGCACAGGCUCAUUAUAGAGGCGCUGGGCCGGGCCUUUGUCUUCCUAAAGGUCUCAGCCCUGCUAUCACGGUCAAUCUGAACGACACGCAAACAUUUCAUGCUCCAUGAGCCUCUAUAAAAGACACACCAGGCCGAUGAGAGGUUAGACCGUCUUUCAAACCAGUAAAGCUCCUCUGAGAAACGCUGUCAGAGCUUUCACUGCCAUCGUCGUCAUGUGUAAAGCUGCACUUCUCACGCUCGGUCUGCUGGUGGCGCUGCUGGGCGUUGCUCAGGCCACUGACGGACACCCGAUCUACGGAGUGAAGCUGUGCGGGAGAGAGUUCAUCCGGGCGGUCAUCUUCACCUGCGGGGGCUCGCGGUGGAGGAGAUCUCUGGAUGUUUCAGGCGAUCUGUCCAGUGAUCUGCUCUCUGCUCAUGAUGAUGAGGUCUCUGACAGCUGGGUCUCCAACCCUCUCAUCCCUGGACUGUCAUACAGACCCCGUCCCGAUGCAGAGGCCCAUGUCUGGGCAGGAGAGGGCCAGGAGAGCCCCGUGUUCAGCCGCCCCGCCCGCUCUCUCAUCUCAGAGGAAGUGCUGGAGGCCUUGCGCACGUCAGACAGGAAGGGGCGGGACGUGGUCGUUGGGCUGUCCAAUGCCUGCUGUAAAUGGGGCUGCAGUAAGAGUGAAAUCAGCUCGUUGUGUUAAAGGACUGUGUGAUUAUAUUUUUCCACCCUUCCUCGCCUGUACUUCCAUUCCGACCUUCCUAUAUGUGAGGAAUGACGGUGGAGAGUUUGUUGAAAGUCAUUCCUAUGAAAUACUGAAAAUAUAUGUGUGUCAGAAAUGUAGGAAUAGCAGAUUUGAGACAAAGUGAAGAGCCUGUUUGUCAGUCUACUUAAAAACUGCUCAUUUCUGUUCUUGUGCUUCUCUUCUGUGGUCAUGGAUUUAAUAACAGCGAACUGAAAUAAAGUUUUGAUUGCGAUACAGAUUGGUGUCAUGUGGAUUCUAGUAUCAUUUUAAUUUUAAUUUGAGUAAUUUGAAUUAUAAAUGUAUAUUAGAAAAAUUAAUGGGAAUGCUAACAGAUAGCUUUAAUAAUAUUAGCAUACAACUUUCUGCAGUAUGUAUUUAGCACAUUAUGCAACUUAAUCUGAAUAAAAUACAUGGAUGAUCUAUUACAGUUAACAAAAUGUGCACAAUACAAUAGAACAGAGCACAGUGGACACUAUAUGCCCACA